AUGCGUAAUCAUGUCAUUAUCGAGUCAAAUCCAGACAGAUCAAACAUCUUUUUUGAAUCAAAGGAACGGUCAGCUAAAGGUGAAGGUAAAUUGAAAGCCAUUUUAGAACCACUGGUUAAUGAAUUAAAGGAAAAGAGGCUAAACUUUCCUCUUACAGUGAUAUAUGGCAACUUGGCCACAAUUUCAGAGUGCUAUGUUAUAGCUAGGAACAUUUUGGGUCCAUUGCAGUAUGAGCCACUUGGGUCUUGUCCAAACGCAACAAACAGGAUGUUUACCCAGUUCCAUGCAGAGUAUCCUGAACAUGAGCGAGAACGUAUUGUGACUGAACUUGUUGCUGGGACAUCCAAACUUCGAAUUCUAUUUGUAACAGUAGCAUUUGGUAUUGGUAUUGAUAUUGGAAGAUUGGUCGAAGGCAAAUGGGCUAUCUCUUAA